AGCUUCUACGUCACAUCAACUCAGCCGAGCAAACUCUGGUCAAGCCUCUCUUUCUUCUUUCUCCCCUGCGGCCACGAUGGAGCUCAGACGGAAACGAGCUGCCACGCCGCAGAAGCCAUCGCGCCUGCAGCCUACAGAACCUUUACAUAUGACUACGCGUGCCGCUUCGAAGGCUGCUUCUUCAAACGGUGGAUCCAGCCGUCGCGGUUCCCUCUACUCCAAUGGUCAAAUCAGUCCAAUGACUGGUUUCGACAAUGAAGGCGAGCGAUAUCCUAAAAGAAGGAGAGUCUCAACCGCUUCCAAGUCGACACCCACUGGGGCUACCUAUGCCUCUCAGUCGUCUUCCUCGAGGCCGUCCACGAGGAGUAUGUCUGGUGGUAACCUUCAUCCAAUUGCCGAAUCAUCGCCAGUUCCUCGCAGAAAGAGGAAGCGCACAUCAGACGUUACAGCCGAGAACAUUUCAGUAGCACAACCUAUCAAAAGUAGGACUGAACUUGAGCGUGCUCUGAUCUCCCCUACCAAGAAGCAACCAUCUAGGAAGGCCAAACGUUCUUCAGCCUCGUCUCAAGAACAGGAAACCGCUGAGGAUGAUUCCGGUAGUGGUGAGGAAGAGGCUGCUGAAGAUGAUCUAGAUGACACUGUGGAAUCUCUCCAAGUACCACAAUCUUCAGCAGAUGGUUCAGGAGAGGAUGCGCGCAAUCAUGACACAGAAGGGAAGAUGAACGGCAUGGCGAACGCCCACAUCGAGGAUGAAGACGCAAAUGUCUCAAUGGACGGCGACCAAGAAGCGUCAGAUCAGCAGCAACCUCAACCCACCCAACCAGAAGAGGCUACAGAGCGGUCUGGAGAUACCCAAGCUGAAGAAGAUGAUGCGCAGAUAUCUAUGGACAUACAGAAUGGUGACCACGCUGAACAAGACGAAGAUAAUGUUCAAGGAGAGUCCGAUGUAGACGAAGACAUGGAUGUUUCGCGCGACGAACUGAGCCUCCCCAAACAACUUGGCAUCGCGACGCUUGACCCUACGCCUAUGGUUUCGGCCACAGCAUCUCCUACAGGCUCAAAUCAGGACUCUACCGUAGAUCAAGAAUCUCCGACGAAGCAACUGACCUCUGUACCUCUGGGAGAGGCGCCGACCGCUAGUCAAGAUGGUGACAAGCCUGUCAAACGCCUACCAGGAAGACGCAGAGCACCUCAUGCCAAUCCAAAGGUCGAGGCUGCUUUGCGUAGACAACUGCAUCUGAGAAUGGCAUAUCGAGCAGUGGCCAAGAACUUGAAGCCGAUCUUGGCUGAGUUAUCAAAGCGAAGUCUAAGCAAUAUUCACAAAGACCCUGAAUCGCACACGACAUUCUCAGAGUACCCUGUCGUCAAAGAGAGUCUCAACGAUCAUUUUGAGGAACGCCUUGCUUGGAUACAGACACAAAAAGAUCUGAUCAAACAGAGGCUCGAUCAAAUACUUCGAGAGCAGACAGAAAUGCGAAAAAGAAACUACGAGCAUGUUGCACGAGAUAUCAAGGAGGAUAUGAUUGUUCGCUUGCAGCGCGACUUUCUCAACACGUUGCGUCAGCAGCAGCAAGCUGAGGACGACGAAUACAGUGAUGAUGAGGGCGACGACGUUGUUCCUUCGCUUCGACGUGUUACCGCUAAAGGUGCACUCAAGGGUAUAUUGGGCCCAGAGUACCACUGGCGAAGCAGACCUGCUCUGGAGACAGAACGAUUAUUCGAUGAGAUGUACGAUCGUCGUGAAGUGGCGCAUGAGCACUAUCAGCACGAUAAGAGGUCCGCUCUAGAAGACCCAAGGCCAUUCACUACCUUCGACCCCAUCGUUAGAGACGCUGCGGAAGCUCAACAAAAAAUGAAGGGCCUUCUUGCCGCUCUGGGAGAAGCUGCAGAAGAUGUCGCAAAGCCACCUCCUGUCCCGAUUGUCGAAGCCCCAGCGGCAAUUCCAAUCAUACCAAACGACGAGGCUCUAGGACUUUUGAUGCUGGCCGAGGCAUCAACAACUGCCAAUAUCAUGCCGGAUAACAUCUCGAUGGCCGAAACUGAACCACCGAUAGAUGUACCUUCGCGGCAAGACAAUCUCAGCGUACCAAGACCUAGUAUGUCACGAGCGCAGAGUCUUGCUACUUCUGCGCCUACAGCCGAUACCACGACCAAGCCUCUCGAGGAACCAGCCACCGAGCAGCGCCCUCCCACUACGGUUCCUAUCAGCUUCAGUCAAGCUGUACUCGAGCCAUCCACGACGCAGACUGCUCCUCUGUUCCCCCGAGCUGCACAGCCUGAGCAGCAAGAGCAUAGACUUCAAUCAGGACUUCCACAGCUUCCAUCCAUCGGCCAAGUGGUAGCAUCUCAAUCCCAAGCAGAUACACUGUCGCAGACUGUAGCUGCGUCUGUGCCACUAUCAACUCCAACACUAUCUAGACCUCCACCUAACGACUUUUGGUCGAGUCUCGCUGUGGGCAACGUGAAGACUGACUCACAAGGCAAAGCUGAGUUUGCUCCUAAACCAGCUAUGAAGCAGCCGUCUCAACAGCCGCUCCAGCAGUCCGUCCAACCGACUGCUCAGCAAACAUCGAGAUCCGAGAUGCCAGUCAGUAGUGGUGCAGACAACACAAAGCCUGAAGAGAGAAGUUCUCGACCAUCGUUGCCCGGUGCUUCUACUACUCUUGAACCUUUGCAUCAGAGGUUGAGAAGUACUUCUGAUUCUUUCGGCCCAUUGCUCGAUCGCCCAGGCGAUCUCGACGGACCAAAGCCCCGGAAGAUGCCUGCACCUAAGAAGUCUCUGUAUGGGCCUUGGCCUCGUAGCAGAAAUUACAAUCCUCUGGAUAGAAGACCAAGUUCUACCACCACCACAGCGCCGCAACCGAGCUUACCCGGUAUCAACCCAAGACCCUCAAGUGGUUUCAACGGAUCCGGACCUGGACCUGGGCCUUACAGCACAUCAGAGUCUCGACACACAAGUUAUGCGCCAGCUCCUCCGCCUCCAAUGUCGGGAUUCCCUACUGCUUGUGCGGCUCCAUAUGGUCCAAAUCCGAUGUAUGGAGCAGCUCCGCCGCCUCCGUAUGCCUACGAGCAACGCGGUCCCUACCCACCAAUGGCACCGUACGCACCACCAAGCGGUUUCCCAGGACUACCGGGAGCACCCAUGCAACAAGGUCAAGGGCCCCCUCCGUUCUACGGUAGUCCACAUGGGCUGCCGCCUCCACCUCAGCAACAAGGUGGCUAUGGCCCACCGGCGAUAACAUCUCGACCUCCACCAACACCACCAGCUUAUGGACCCCAGUAUGGGGGACAGCCCAUACUACCAGCCAGUCACGAUGCUCGAUACGGGCCUAACGGUGCGCCAGCUUCCAACAAUGCGGGACCAGCUUUUGCACAGUAUCAGCAACACGAUGGAAGAAGAAGACGUAAUCAGAGUCUUGGUCAUAGAGAGUUCCAGCACUACCAUGGACCGCGAUGAUUGAAGGUAUUGAUGGAAGAAUAGCGACGGCAUGCAAGCUCGUUGAUGGCAUGAGCGUUAUACUUGGUAGACAUAGUGAUCUUGACUACAAGCAAGAAAGAAAGUCUUAUUUGUUUCUUCGUACCUUUUCAAUCAAAGAUGAGAGUACAAGCGA